AAUGAAAAGUAUCCUGUUUAUCUUCGCCGCUCUCCUAAUAGGCGUUCUCUUCGCGGAUAAAACGAAGGAAGAGGCGCUAGGUGCACUUAAACAAAUGGACGAAAGUCGAAGAGGAAUCGGAGCACUCCGUAUGGUUAUGGACGAAAUCGAAACGGAUAUAUCAAGACAAAAGAGAAAUCCGUGUCACAUCGGCUUGGGCAAUACUUACCAAUGCGCAUUAGCUACCUUGGAAAAUGAACCAGGCGUCAAUGUAAACGGUCCAAAUUCGCCAGGCAAAAGAAGGUUUUUAAACAAUAGCCAAAACCCCUAG